AUGGAAUGCAGCCGGAUGAGAGAGCAGUGUGGCAGAGCAGGCUGCUCGACCACUCUGGCUCCUGCUAUAACGGUAAAAGAAGUCGAAGAAACUAUAGACGAGAUGUUAAUAAGGCUGGAUGAGUUCUGUGGCAUGACUGAUGUGAUUAGAAACGAUACAUCCCAGCUCCUGGACGAGACCAUUCCACUCAUUAAAGCUAAGGUGGUAGAAAUGAACAACAUCUAUGCCAAAGUUGAUAAAUUAGAGGCAUUUGUUAAAAUGGUUGGACGCCAUGUCUCUUUCCUAGAAGAACAAGUGCUUCAAGUGGAGAGGGACCACAGCUCAGUGUCUCAUGCUGUUCGCAGAAUACUUCAGUCUGUGACUAUACCUUCUUUUAAAAACAAGCAUACUCCAGUACAGCACACAUAUGAUCUGCCUGAACUCUACAGAACAGAAGAUUAUUUUCCUAUGAACUACAUAGGUACAAAGUAUAAAAGCCACUAGUAUCUUACAAGCAGUUUUUUAGGGAAACGUUGACAUUUUUUCAUGUGAUUUGUUGUGAUUCAUAUUUUGUCCUAAUAAAAACUUGAGAAUUAUACUACAAGCUAAAUGUAUAACAGUGAUGGGAAAAGGGUGGCCUAUAAGGUUUAUUGUAUAUGCAGGUAUCACACUCAUUUUAAUGAGAUCCUAAUCCUCUGAAACAGUGUGCCUGGGGAAGAAAUGUAAAUGUAGUUCAAUAUAGAUUUGUUCAUAGUGGUUUGAAAUAUGGAGCUGUUUUAUGCUAUCACUGAAAAAUAUAUAAAAACUCAUUUUGUUUACAUACUCAAAGAUUGUAAGGUUGCAGAUUGCUGUAUGUUAAAAUGUUAUUUUCCUCUCGUAUGUGAUAUGUUACAUUAUAAAUAUUAACCAUAUAGUCUUUAGAUGAUAUUUCAUAUCAGUAGCCUCCACUGCUUUGAAAAUUCAUGGCUGAGUAACUGAAAAAUACAAUCAGCUUCAAAGGCUUUUGUGUAAUGUAAUUGGAAUGGUGUAAAUAAAUUUCUGCCAAGCUGC